CUUGUGGUUACCAUGGGCAACAUGAGCACCAGAUGACAACUCACAGUUAGUAAUCUAAAGUUGAUCUCUAAGUCGAAAAUUGCAUUACUGUUUUCACUGCUCUGUGUUGUUGAAUUACCACUAAGCGGAAAUGCCACCAAAGGGAGCUAAAAAGGGCUCUGCUAAAAAGUCCACUACUGAUGGAGGCGCAGUAAACAAGAACUGGGAGACUGGUCUCAUCAAAGCAGAGUUUGAAGAGGAUUCGUGGCAGGCAUGUGUGUCUUUUGUGGUUGGGAGAGGUCCGCAGGAGGAGGAACUGAUCCAGGCGUUGGCCUUGGCUGUACAGGAACCGCAGCGCAAACUUUUCACCUUGCUAACUUGGGACGACACGCUUGCAAAGAUCCGUGAGCUGGGGAAUCCCAAAGCAAAAAAACCAGACGAUGUCCCCAUGUUCUAUCAGGUUACAGAGCCAGCUAAACUGCUGCUCGAUGCAGGAGAGGGGAUUCCCUGUGACCUGAUGGCAAAAAUACUGAAGUUCCAGCUGCUACUUAUCAAAGCCUGUGAUCAGCCGAGGUCAGAUGCUAUCCAGGCUGAGGAGGAAAAGACAGCAGUCUCUGGUAAAAAGGGAAAGGGUCCUCAUACACCGGUGAUACCACCCAAGAAGACCAAGCUGAAGCGCAGGGGUGACGUUGAGCCAUCUACUUUCAAAGACGAUGAGCCAGAGUGGGGUCCUCAGCACUAUAUUCUAAUCCUGGGGUUCUACCAGCCGCAACUGAUAGCGGGACUUGAUGCCAUAGGUGUUCAUGUGUCUAAUGUCAUCAAAUUGUGUUCGGAGUUCUCCCAAAAUAUGGAGGAGCAGCAGGAUCACCAAGACAGCUGUGAGGGAAAUGAACAGAGUCUCAGAGCUUCGCCGGUUUUUGAUGCAGCUGUGCAGGAAAGGAAGUUGAAUGAAUUCUGGUCAGGUCUGAGAUCAGUUUUGGACAGCGGGCCACCAGACUCCAGGCUCCAUGAUGUGGUUCAGCUCAGCUACACUGUUCCUGACUUCUUGCUUCCCUUUGACGCGCAGGACCCUGAAACUGUGCUGGAGUUGGGAAGCCAAAUCUUUGACGGUGUGGCCAGUCUUAUCUAUGACUGCCUAGACGUCAGAAGGCAGUAUCAGCAAUACCGGAACAAUGUUAAAUUCAUCAGUGUGCCUGCUGUUGUGAAGCACUCAGAGCCUGUGGAGGUUGUGUCAGCAGCUCCAACCCCACUCACCAAGAAGAAGUCAGGUCAGGAGGAAGCCCCAGGAGACCAAGAGAACAGGCUCCUUCCUCUCUCUCUAGAUGUGGACAUGUGUUACUAUAACAACCUGCUGGACCUGGUUGCUCCUGAGGCCUGCUCUGUGCCUUUGAUCCUGCACUGUAUGUUGGAACAGGUGGUGAUUUCUGCAGAGCAGUCCUUGUCUGCCCACCCCCAUGUGGCUGAGGACUCCAAACCUCUCAGCAGCCCCUGGUUAGACCACCAGCUGGUCAGCUAUAUGCUCCAAAACUUCUUGCCACUAGUACAAAAAGAAGAGGAGAGACUCUAUGUAUUAAACAACCUCCUAAACACAGUUCCGAAUGAAGAGGAUAAGAAGAGGCUAGUGGCGAAAUUUGGAGCAAGGGAAACUGACAGGAAGACUGAGCAACCUCUGGUUAUCAGACACCAUGAUGAGCGGGCCCAGCGCUUGAGAGACAUCAGUGUGGUUCAGGAUUUCGAUCCGACAGAGGUGGAGUUGUCCAUGAUGAGACUGUCUCCGGUGUGGGAGAUGAUCGAGUCAGUCACUCAGCGGAAAAACAGAAAAUCUUGUUGGAUGUCCAUCAAACAACAGCUACAGCACUACUGCACAGAUGAUGAUGUGUCAUGGCCGGAGGUGGAGCGUUUUUUUCAUCAGAGCGUCUUUGAGGCUAUGCCGCUGUCCGGGGUGGAUCAGCAGGGUGUGUUACGUGGAAUAGCAGAUCCAGCACAGCAGCAGACAUCAACAGUAAUCCCCUGGGAUGACCCGUUAUCCUUUGCUAAACAGCAGCUUUAUAACAUGAGGAACAAAGAUCCAACAUUUCUUACUGACGAGCCUUCUAACAGAGAGGAGCAGAGUGGUGGAGUGUGUAGCCACCUGGACUUAUCUGAGAUACAGAGCUGUAGGUUGAGAUCUCUGUUUCACUGGCACUAUGCUGAGCACCACAAUGCCACCGUCCUGCCUCAGUUGCUCCAGUUAGCAUCAGAGGAAUACCGCUGCUUGGACACCUUCAGAGGAAGCCAUAACAACAUCCUAUACAUUUUUUGCCACAAUCCCAUGAGUCCUCAACGCCAGUCCAGGGAGUUCUGGCAUGUGGCUCUUCACACCGAUGUCAAGUUCAGGAGUUACUUUGAGCAUGUGGCAGAUACUGUUUCACAGUGGACGAGACAGGAGGAAUCAAAGAGAGACACAACGCAAGACAGAAACGACACUCCAAAAUCUGAUUCUCCAAAAGAUGAAAAUACUGUUUGUUCUUCCAAGGAAGAUGAGAGAAUGGAAGUCUUCAUCAGAAAAGGCUCCCUUAAAGCCUGGAAGUUGGAGCAGGAGCGUCAGAAGGAAGAGGCGAUACCCAAAAAGUCAAAGAAAGAGGAUAUGCCGAAAGAUAAGCAGCAGAAAAAGGAGGAUAAGUCAACCGACAACAAGAAAAAGAAAACGUCAUCUGAUGACAAGAAGAGCAGGCCAGGGACGGAAGGCGGCUCAGCCAACCCUCCCACAGAGUCAGCUAUCACAACAGCGCCCCCUGUGGUUGAAGUUGUAGAAGUACAGCAUGCAGAGGAACCUUUCAAUGGUUUCAUUGGCUACAUCAUGGAUGGAAAAUUGAUCCAUGUGUCAGGUUGUCUCCAGUACCUUUUCCCCUCCGAUGGAGGACGUGUCACUGUGGAGACAGUCAGCUUUGUUCAAGGUUCCAGCCAAAUGAAAGUCGUUGUGAAGAAGGAUGGACAUCAUUUCUACACACACAUCAACCACUUUGUUGUUGAUCCUGCAAAAUGUCCCCCUCAUAGCCAAGACAAUAAAAACACUGAACCGGAAAAGGACUGUAGAGUGGCAGAACCUGUGGAGAUAAAAACAGUGAAGCAGGGCUCGUUCUCAGCUGUGCUUGACAAUAGAAUUCGUCUUUCAUACAGUUUCUACGGUCCCACGGGAGAGCACACAGUAAUUUCCCAGGAAACCAAAGGCAAAGUACCAGAGACAUCUAUCCCAGACCCCAUUCAUCUAUCUGCCUCCAUCCACUGCUCCAAGGAAAAAGAUGCAGCGUGUGUUCCCUCAAAGACACAAACCACAUCCAGCAGACCUCCAGAGUCCCAGGGUUGUGAAGGUCAACCAGCAGAGCAAUCAAAUUCGUUCAGCGGUCUCAGCCUCUCUAUUCCUAAUGGCCUCAUGCUGCAAUAUCUGCGAGAAGAUACGCAAGAAGGAGGUAUUAUGGUGAGACAAAGCUUUCCUCUACAUGGCAAAGGAAAGGCAAGACAUCUUCAGGAUACAUCAUUUUUAUAUCUGAUUUAUGUUCCUGUGACAUUUACUUUUCCAGGACAGCAGCCAGGGAGUGUAACCCUUAAAUCAGCCUCUCAAUGUGCAAGCGACUGCACUGAGUGUGUGGAAAGCAUUGCUGGGGACAUGGAUGUCAAGGACACUUGUCUUAAUGGAGACGUCAGCAGGAACAGUGCAGGGAAUGCAUGUGACCGGGAGGGAGCUGUUCAUGUGUGCACAAAUCUGAAUCAGUGUGGAUGUAUGUGUGAUGAAAAAGAAAGUACUGAAAGUAGUGUGCAUAUGAAUAGUGAACAUGGUGUGUUUGCCAAAGAGACUUGCCAAAAGGAUGAAUCAAGGAUGUCUGCUAAAGAGCGGAUGGUGUUGGUAGAGAAGGAGGGCUGCGCCACAGUAGUGAUGUACCCAGAGCGUCAAACGGCUCAUAUCUUUUUAGCCGAUGGAACGGUCGUCGCUGGGAACAAUCAAGGAGAAUACGAGGUGUUCUCAUCCAGCGUAGGAGUCCUGUCCAUCAGAAGCGAUGGAACAUGCGUGUACUCCUCAGACCCACUCGUAACUCCAAGUCCAAAGGGGUCUACUCCCACUGAACAGACAGGAAUUUACACUAUGAGUCAUACGGGCGAAGUGGCCUGUGAAAUUACAGACCCUGAUGGGAACCAUUUCCAGGUUAUGGAGGAUGGGCAGAUAUCUGUGCUAAACUUGAGACCUGCUACUAGCACGCUUAAACAAACGGAGGAAGAGCUAGAGGAUGUAGCCAGUCUGUACAGCCAAGGAAUCUGUAGCCCAGCUGAACAGUCAGAUGUUUCUCAAGACUUUGCCACGGCACAAAGUGACAGCUUGGAGAAAUUAAACAGUUGUACCAAAGAAAAGGAUACAAAGUGGACUGAAAAACUUACACAGUACAGGCAGGAGAUGCGUGAAGAGAAGAUCUACAGAGAGGCUAUGAGGAAGAGGAGCGUUGUUCCCUUUUUCCACCCAGAAAAUAUUCCCCUGUACGAGAGUCUGCUACAGCAACAAAUGCCUGACAUGAGGAGUUUGUCAAUGGCUCUCCCACCAUUUCCCAAGUCGGACAGUACUGAGGGCUUCCUGAAAGAUGCGCCACAGGAGGACAAUGUUCCUAUAAUACCAUUUCUCCUGCAGGCGGAGGAGCAAGUGAGGAGGAAGUGUCAAACAGGUGCCAUUAUGAAGUGCUUCCAGCUCAUGCCAUCGAGCGUAGACUUUGGCACGCUGAAGGAGGGCACCUCCUCCACCAUUACUGUUGUGAUGAAUAAUGUUGGUUUUGACAUAUGCAGGUUCCAUGUGAAACAGCCUCCUCCUGCUACAGGCCUCCGGGUCAUCUACAGCCCUGGCCCUGUGGCCGCAGGUCUGCAGGUCGAACUGCAGGUUCAGCUGUUUGCAAUGUGUGCUGUCCAAGCAGGGGAAGUAGAGCCAAAGAAGUUAAUCUCCCAGGAAAUUAUCAUCCCUACUGAGAAAGACAUCCUCUGUCUGCCAGUCACUGCUACUAUCCUUCCUGAGGGAUUAUAUGAAAUUUGGCUAAAGGACCAUAGCAGGGUCCAUAAAAAGAACAUCUCCAAGGUCUUCCAGGCUUCCAGCUGGGCAGGGAAGCGUCCUGAUCAGUCCUGCAGUAAACGCAGGACAUAUUAAGGACUCCAGCUUCUCUCAGUCAGUCACCUUCAACUAGAUUUCACACCUUUUAAGCCUUCAUCACAUUAUAACCAUCUCACGUUUGAUUAUUUCUGAUAAAUUGUGAUGUUUGAUGUGAAAUAAAAAUAUUAACCUAAG